ACAAGAAAGAAGAAGGAGCACAGAGACAGAAAGGGAACGAGGAACUCAGCUGUGUCAGCUCUGGAUGCUGGAAACUUCUAACUCAGGGAAGUUAUUAGACCCAAGCUGAAGACAUCUGCAGCAGGUCUGAGUUGAUCAAGGAUGCUGUCCUACCUUAUGCUGUGGCUUGUGGCCUCUACUGCUUCAGCUGAGUGGAGGCGUCCAGUGAUCAAGUUAAACUCCAAGGUGGUUAAGAGCGCUGAGGUGGUGGUCAGAGCUGGAAGACCUCUGGAUCUGAGGUGUGAGGGUGAAGCGCCUGUAAUCUGGCAAACCAGACUACCCAAACACAGACGCUACAUAUCCAGGGGCAAUGGGACUGUCCGUACUUUUAAAGUUGAACGUCCCACCGCAGAAUUCACUGGAACGUACAAGUGUUAUUAUACCAACGGGUCCCAUCGUGACUCCUCGGUGUAUGUGUAUGUAAAAGAUCCAAGUCAUGUUUUCUGGACCAGCAGCACAUCCCUGCAGGUGGUAGCGAAGGAGGGUGAGAGCUGCCUGCUGCCCUGCCUACUGACCGACCCAGAAGCUACAGACAUAAGCCUGCGCAUGAACAAUGGCACUACUGUGCCACCAGGAAUGAACUUUACCAUCUUCAGACACCGUGGCAUUUUCAUCCACAGCCUUCACCCCAGGUUUAAUGCUGACUACAUCUGCACCGCCAGGGUCAACGGAGUGGAGAUGACCUCUAAGGCCUUUUCCAUCAAUGUCAUUCAGAAGCUCCGUUUCCCUCCAUACGUCUUCUUGGAGACAGAGGAAUAUGUACGCAUAGUUGGGGAAGAACUCAAGAUCCCAUGCACAACACACAAUCCCAACUUCUACUACAACGUCACCUGGAAAUACACAACCAAAUCAGUCCCAAAAAUUGCUGAGAUAGUUCGCUCCAAUGGUGAAAAUCGCCUGGACAUAGAGAGCACACUGACUAUCGCUGCUGUGGACCUGGCAGACACAGGAAACAUCUCCUGCAUCGGUUCUAACGAAGCAGGGGUGAACACUUCAACCACAUACCUGCUGGUUGUGGACAAGCCUUAUAUCAGACUAUCACCCCAGCUGUCACCUAAGCUGGCCCACAAGGGCCUCUCGGUCGAGGUGAACGAGGGAGACGAUCUGGAGCUCAGCGUGCUCAUCGAAGCAUACCCCCACAUCACAAAGCACAGAUGGGACACGCCGAAAUAUCCCAACACAGCCACACAGGAGAACAAGCUCAUCCGAUACAACAACAGAUACCAUGCUAUUCUGCAGCUAAAAAGAAUGAAUAUACAGGAGCAGGGCCAGUACACCUUCUAUGCUCAGAGUGAAAUGACUAACGCAUCCAUCACAUUUCAAGUCCAGAUGUAUCAGAGACCAAUUGCUGUCGUGAAAUGGGAAAAUGUAACCACACUUACUUGCACUUCGCAUGGCUAUCCUCCUCCCAGAAUCAUCUGGUAUCAGUGUUUUGGAAUCCGACCCACGUGCAAUGAAAACAAUACCGGACUGCAGAUGGCAAUCCCUCUCCAAGCUCCUACAGUGGAGGUCCAGAGGGAGGAGUACGGGGCUGUGGAAGUGGAAAGCGUCCUCACUGUGGCGUUUUCCAACAGGAGGAUGACAGUUGAGUGUGUGGCUUUCAACCUCGCUGGCGUCAGCAGUGACACUCUUGCCGUGAACGUUAACGACUGGCCCUUUACUUCCCUUCUGAUUGGAGCGGCAGCAAUUUUGACCAUCCUUCUUGUGCUCCUCAUUUUCCUGUUUUACAAAUACAAGCAGAAACCGAGGUAUGAGAUCCGCUGGAAGAUCAUUGAGGCGAGAGACGGGAACAAUUACACCUUCAUUGACCCCACGCAGCUGCCCUACAAUGAAAAGUGGGAGUUCCCUAGAGACAAGCUCAAACUAGGGAAGAUCCUGGGUGCAGGCGCAUUUGGGAAAGUUGUUGAGGCCACUGCUUAUGGAAUGGGAAAGGAAGACAAUGUGAUGCGUGUAGCUGUGAAAAUGUUAAAAGCCAGUGCCCAUUCAGAUGAGAGGGAGGCUCUAAUGUCUGAACUGAAGAUCCUGAGUCACCUGGGUCACCACCAGAAUAUCGUUAACCUACUUGGAGCCUGCACCUAUGGAGGUCCAGUGCUUGUGAUCACUGAGUACUGCAGCCUCGGCGACCUGCUGAACUUCCUUCGCCAGAAGGCAGAGACAUUUGUGAACUUUGUCAUGAAUAUUCCCGACAUCAUGGAAAAUUCUACCGACUACAAGAACAUCUGCAAUCAGAAGCAGUUCAUUCGCAGCGACAGCGGGAUCUCCAGUGAAACCUCGAGCACCUACUUGGAGAUGAGACCCAACCGCUUAGCAGAGUUGCCGACUGUGGAAUCAUCUGAAGACCCUGUCUGUGAGGAGAGUGGUGACUGGCCGCUGGAUAUUGAUGACCUGCUCAGAUUUUCCUUCCAAGUAGCUCAGGGCCUUGACUUUUUGGCCAGGAAAAAUUGUAUUCACAGAGAUGUGGCUGCGAGGAAUGUGCUCCUGACCAGUCGCAGAGAGGCGAAGAUUUGUGACUUCGGUCUGGCACGGGACAUCAUGAAUGACUCCAACUAUGUGGUGAAAGGCAAUGCACGUCUGCCAGUGAAGUGGAUGGCUCCCGAGAGCAUCUUUGACUGCGUGUACACCGUCCAGAGUGACGUCUGGUCCUAUGGCAUCCUCUUGUGGGAGAUCUUCUCUUUAGGCAAAAGCCCCUACCCCAGUAUGGCUGUGGACACUAGGUUCUACAAGAUGGUGAAGCGUGGCUACCAGAUGUCCCAACCAGACUUUGCUCCACCUGAAAUCUAUGGUAUCAUGAAGAUGUGCUGGAAUCUGGAGCCGACAGAGCGUCCCACCUUCAGCAAAAUCUGUCACAUGAUACAAAGGCUACUUGGGGACCAACCUGAGCAGGAACAGUUAAUGUACCAGAAUGUGCAGGAGCAGGUCACGGAGGGUGAAGAGUGUGACGAGUGCUUCGACGGCCCCUGUGACCAGUCUUGUGACCACCAAGAAGAAGAGCAGCCUCUGAUGAAGACCAACAACUACCAGUUUUGUUGAAAGGCCUUAAGCUCAAAUCAAUCAGCAAACCAAUCACUCAUCAACAAGGAUCAGAAAACUGGCAUGAUCUCUAGUUUGCAGCCAAAGCUCCACAGCUUGUUCCAAUCGCCGGAGAGUCGCCUUAUCAGCUAUUUUUUGCCUGUCGUGCCUGCUCUCCAGACAGACGAGCAGCUGCGGCAAGCAUGUGACCUGCCUCUUUUGCAUGCGAUCCAUGACUAGAAAUUGCCACGUCUAAAAUGAAAGGAGGAAACAAUGUCAACAAGUCACACAAGAUAUCAAAGGGUAGUUUAUUCUAAAGAUUGUUUCCGUGGCAGACUGUUUAUUAGCCCUUCUUCUGUUCUCUAUUUGAGGUCAAAUCUGUCAGUUUUUCCAAGCAAGAAUCUGCCUGAUUCUUUUGUUUUAUUCUUGUGAGUGUGCUCUUAAUUAUCUAUUGCACACCAUGUUUAUUAUACUUUUUAUUACCGCCACAGGAGACUCAGAAUUAUGUGUUCUUCCAUCAGGAUCACUGUCUUUCAUUAUUUUGGGGGUACAACAGUCGGAAACACUGAAUUAAAACAAUGAGAGCCUUUCUUCUCUCCAGACAACUUGUGUUAUAUUAAUUCUAAUCAAAAAAUAUAAAGUGCUCAAGUUUUUCCCUUGAUUUAAACAUGCUAAAAGAGCCAAAGAGGAGGCAGAUAAUGAGUGCAGUGUUUUCCUCGCUGGGCUUUGGUCACAGCUGUAUUUCUUGUGACACACUUGCAGUAGCUGUCAGUGAGUUGCAGCAUGUGAUUGUUCCACUUCAAUCUAAUUAGUCAGCGUGAUUUUAGAACAAGGAGUACGACUGAGCUGAGCAGGGAAAUCGGUAGAUGUCUUACGGAGCAGAAGAACAAUGUUUGAUGUUUGGGGUUGAUGGGGUUAGCAGGGUGCAGCUGAAUCUUGUACUUUCCUGUAGCGUUAGAUGAUAAGUUUCAUGCACAUGUGUAUGUAGCAGUCAGCCUACACUGCCAAAUGUAUGAAGAUUAUAUGAUCAUAUAUAUAUAUAUAAGCUAUACAAGAGACAGAGACUGCCAAUUUCUGUGACUUUGGCUACUUUAAAUGUGCUUGCAUCUGAAUGAAACAGAAGUGAGAUGUCGAAUAAUGUAUAUAUAACACAUGAAUCAAGAAUGAUCUUUAUUUUCUUUAUUCUCACUGUAGAAGAGAUACAUGAAUAUUUCAUAGAUGUGUUAUGUCUCGUUUUUUUUCUUUUGUGCAAAUGAGACAAUCAACAAAAAAGCUGCAAAUUAAGUCGUUGCAAAACUGCAGAGGCGUUCAUUAAAAGGUUUAUCACUGAAACUCUGUGUUUCAAUGUAAAGUUUUAUAUUAUCCAACUGAAAUGUUGUAUUUCACACCAAUUUUUUUUUCUUUGUUGUUCCUAACUGUGCCGACAGAAACUGUUUCCUUCGUGUUCUUCUCUCCUCGCUUCCUGUUUUUAUUGGAUAACAUCCAGUCCACAUUUCCCACAGUGUCUGUCAACAAUUGCGCAACUCUAAAAUCUUUAUAGGGAAGUAAUAAUCCGGCUUCAGUUUCUAUGUCAGUCUGGACUCUUUUCCUUCUCCGUGUGGGUUCAGCUAGAAACCUAUUUCAUUCUCUAUCAGUUUCAGACACUUUUCAGGAAUUAUCUUGCUCUACUUUAUCAGGUGCUGAAAUUUGCUCUAUCAAGAAGCUGAGAUAUUACUGAUUUUGAGCAAAGCAUGAUCAUCGUCACUGGGUUGUACUCUUUUUGUCAGCUGCUGUGUGUAAAACUUUAAAAGAAUCUACUCUCAUAUAUGUGACGUGCGUUCUUACUGUGGCUUGAAACAUAUGACAAACUGUAAAGUAUCUGUUUUGUCCACUCAAAUUGUUCCUACCUUAUUUUAAAUGAAUAUAAAUGUUUUAUCAAGAA